CUACUUUGCUACAUGCUUUUGCGAGGAUGAAUUUGAGUGACUUCUCGAUGGCCAGAUGUGCCUGUGGGCCCCUCGCUGACACGUCGGUAGCGUUGCUUUUGGGGAAUGGCCAGUAGUUGAACAGAUCAUGACUGGUGCUGACUAUGGUGCGUCUUACUUCUUCGCAUAUGAGCCAAUCUCGUUCGAGUGGUGUCAAAUCUUCGUUCGUCACGUUUUGCAUAUGAUCCAUGUCCCCCUCUCGGUUGCCCUUUCGCAUGGGUUUAAUGUUCCACUGGAAAACCACUGUCCAGCCGAUCGUUUCUUUCUCCUUCGCUACUUGGCUAACGGGGCGCGG